UGACUCAGAUUAUCUCCAUCAUCCUGCCGCUGAGAUGUCGACCCCAGAGGCAGCAGGUACUCCAGGGGCCCCGGAGGGCGAGGGGGGCCCCCCGGCCGCGGCCCCCAACCUGACGAGCAACAGGCGCCUGCAGCAGACGCAGGCGCAGGUGGACGAGGUGGUGGACAUCAUGCGCGUGAACGUGGACAAAGUCCUGGAGCGAGACCAGAAGCUGUCGGAGCUGGACGACCGGGCCGACGCCCUGCAGGCCGGCGCCUCGCAGUUCGAGAGCAGCGCCGCCAAACUCAAGAACAAGUACUGGUGGAAAAACUGCAAGAUGAUGAUCAUCAUGGCGGUUAUAGGAGUUAUAUGUGUCGGAGUCAUCUUCUUGUAUUUCUUCUACUGAUCUGGUCUUCAGGGACGGACGCACAAGUCACAGGACGAGUCUGCACCCAAACGCCACGAGCCUCGUCCAGCCUGUCUUCCUUCCUUCCUUCCUUCAACCUCCUCUUCCUCACCGACGCCUUCCCCCCAGAAACCGUCAUGCACGGUCCGUCGUGCUCCAGCGCCGCCCGUCGUCUCUGCUCCCGGCAGGAAUAAGUCUCCGUUGAACAGCAGGUGGAUGUGAUAUUGUUGGAGGACCACGUUGGCGGAGUUCACUGCGUCAGGAAGAGUCGUCUUCAUUUCCUUUUCCAAAUUCCUAAAGGGAAAGUUGUUAUUGAUUUUCAAGUUCUAGUUGAACCACCGGCCCAUUCAUCGGCUAAUCUGUAACGAAGCAAAAACGUCUCAUUAGAAAUGUAUGUUGUAGAAAAUUUGACGUGACAUUAGGUAUGUUAAUGAUAUUAAUUGAGUCAUAUUAUUCUUCUAGUUCUAAAUGGAUUGACACGGUGAACAUGAAGAUAGUUGUUGGUAAAGCAUCACGUUAACGGGUCCCUGCGUUGUUUCCCUCAGCUCUCAUGUCUGACUGUGUUGUACCUGCUGCCCCCUACCUGUCAGUAUUGGAACCGCUAACGGUGUAUUUCCACUUUGGGCAGAAAUUUGAAAUUUUUCGAAAUAUUACAGGAGCCGUUUCUAUUUUUCCUCGUUUGUCUGUUCAGCCUCCAUUUUUCUUACAAUGACGCCGCAACAGUCCUGCUUUUUUAUUUUAUCGUCUCGUGAACAAACCUCACUUGUUUUCUGUGGAUUGAACGGAAAUCCGUGACUUCAGCACUGCUGGACAUUAUUUGACAUGGAAAGGUGAUUUCUGACGAUGGCCUGGAAUCAAAUAAAUUCAUGUUUGCAUAAGAGA